AUGUCGAUUUUGAGGAUGGCAACGUAUGGGGAAGAGAAGCUACUCCGUCCAUCGGAAGGAGUCAGUGAAGCAUUGAGGCAGAGAAUAGGGAAGCCCGGGUCGAGAGAAAAUGGGCACCCGUUGUUUCCUCUCCUGGCUCUAAUUUUCGAGAAAUGCGAGCUGGCAACGUGCACGCCACGUGAUCCCGGUGUAGCUGGCGGUGACGUCUGCUCGUCAGAUUCCUUUAACGACGACAUCGCCCACUUCUCCAAGCAGAUUCGCCAGGAGAAGCCGUAUUAUGUACCCAACCCAGAAUUGGACAGCCUGAUGGUCCAGGCUAUCCAGGUCCUGAGGUUUCAUCUUUUGGAGCUUGAAAAGGUGCACGAGCUUUGUGACAACUUCUGCCACCGGUACAUCAGUGCUCUGAAAGGCAAGAUGCCGAUUGAUCUGGUGAUCGAUGAGCGCGACAGCGGGAAGCCGGAUUUGGGUGACUCGAACGGUAGUUCCGGUCCUGGUCCCGGUAGUGGCGGUGGUUCCGGUGGUCACGGCGGUUCCGAUCUGAUGUUUCACGCUCGCCCACCGUCGUCAUCAUUGUCGUACACCGGCACUGGCAACGACGAUGUCCAGUCGCCAGGCUCCGGUGGGACACCUGGCCCACUCCACGCACCCGGUUCUCAGCUCAGCGCGGACAACACUAGCGAAGCAGGUGAUGCCAGCAACGCGAGUAUAGGGAGCGAAGGCACCGGCGACGAUGACGACGACGAAAGAGGGAAGAAGAGCCAGAAGAAGCGUGGGAUCUUCCCAAAAGUUGCCACCAACAUUCUGCGAGCUUGGCUUUUCCAGCAUCUUACACAUCCGUACCCAUCCGAGGAUCAGAAAAAGCAAUUGGCUCAAGACACGGGAUUAACCAUUCUCCAAGUCAACAACUGGUUCAUCAACGCACGGAGGCGAAUCGUUCAACCCAUGAUCGACCAGUCCAACAGAGCAGGUUUCCCCGCUGGUGCUAGCGGCUAUAGUCCAGACGGUUCCGGCAUGGGAUACAUGAUGGACGGGCAGCAGCAGAUGCUCAGAUCAGGCUACCCGUACGUGUCGGGCGGGAUGGGCGGCUUUGGCGGCGCCGAUCCGCGAUCGAUGGGGAUGGGAGGAGCGUACAGUCCGCACCAAAUGUCGCCAAUGCAAUACGGGAUGAUGAUGGGCGCCUCACCGAUGCACCCGUUCCCGGGCACUCCGUCGUCCUACGACAGUUCCAUGAACAUCCACGCCGGCUAAGGAGGCAGGAAGGAUUCCUUAUGUGAAAAGCACGCGGCUCCCCGCUGGAAAACGUGAAGGAGCCGCGUGUCCUUGCGCUUUUAGUUGAAAUACACAUGUUUUUCUCUCGUGCGACUGAGAUCCAGGACGGAAUUCCCCGCGACGGGACAAACGCGUGCCUGUUGCAGGCCGCGAUUCUUCGGAGGAAAUAAUCAAGCUGCUUAAUGUGGACGUUAAUUUAUUUGAGCGAUGUUUGAGACUCGGAAGAACUUGCGCAGGAUUCCCGGCGGUCGACACGACGGAAGAGCUUACAUUUUUGUGCUUUGAUUGUUCGUGUUUUAUUUUCUGUGUAUUUUGGAAAUUAAGUUCCGUUGUUUUGCUUGGUCUUUCGAUUUUACGAGGCGACCCCGGACCCGAUGUGAAGAACGCUACAUUUCCCGCGAAUCCCCGUUGGAUGUACAUGAAAAGCAUUGAUUGUAAUUGUAGACUUUUAUAACACGGACGUGGGAAUUCGCGUGGGGAGGCGACGGAUAAAGGAAUAAUAAUCUUAACCGUUGAGUAGAUCAGAAUUAUCUGAGGAACAUUUGUCAGUGUCCGCAACGGUUCUUAUUGAUGUAAAUAUCCUGUUGUUUGCCAGUAGCUUCUCAAGACCGAGGAUUAAAUAGAGAAUGUUACAUUUA